AUGGAAUGCAUUCCUUACAUAUGGAAUAAAUUAUCAAUUCCAAAAGAUAAUAAUCAAAAUAAAAAUCAAAUUUUAGAUCAGGAAUUAGAUGGGAAUGGUUAUAAAGAUUAUAUUGAUGUUUAUGAUGUUAAUGAGACACAACAA